ACCAUCAAGUAGCCCCGGGAACUGCCGGCACCGCGGAGCGGUGGGCGGCCGCAGAGGCCGAGCGCUGCGCCGGUUCCCGCCGGACCUCGGCCAGUGCCCGCGCGGCCGCGUCCUGCGCAACGCUGCCCGCCUCGGCCCGCCAUGCGCCCCCCUACCCCGGCCGCGCUGGGGCUGCUGCUGCUGCUGCUGCUGCUGCUGCUGCCGCCGCCGCCUGGUGAGACCGCCAAGAAGGCGACGCCCUGCAAGCGCUGCCGGGAGCUGGUGGACAAGUUCAACCAGGGAAUGGUGGACACCGCAAAGAAGAACUUUGGCGGCGGGAACACGGCUUGGGAGGAAAAGGCGCUAUCCAAGUAUGAAUUCAGCGAGGUCCGGCUGCUGGAGAUCAUGGAGAGCCUGUGUGGCAGCAGCGACUUCGACUGUCACAGCAUGCUAGAGGAGCAUGAGGAACGCCUGGAGGCCUGGUGGCUGAGGCUGAAGAAGGAGUAUCCUGACUUAUUUGAAUGGUUUUGUGUGAAAACCCUGGAAGUUUGCUGUUCGCCAGGAACGUACGGGCCGGACUGCCUUGCGUGCCAGGGCGGGUCCCAGAGGCCCUGCAGCGGGAACGGGCACUGCAGCGGGGACGGCAGCAGGCAGGGGGACGGGUCCUGCCAGUGCCACCCUGGGUACCAGGGGGCCACGUGCACCGACUGCGUGGACGGCUACUUCAGCUCGCUGAGGAAUGAGACGCACAGCAUCUGCACAGCCUGUGACGAGUCGUGUAAGAUGUGCACGGGCCCCACCAACAGAGACUGCGGCCAGUGCCAAGAGGGCUGGGCGCGGGAGGACGGCGCCUGCGUGGCCCUCGUCCCCUUCCUCCCACUUCUCUCCUCCCUCCCUCCCUCUCCUUUCUCCAGGACCUGCUGGUGUGCGGCCACUGGCAGGGAAACUGAGGCACAGACCCCCCUUGGGCCUGGAGAGCCACACACAGACGUGGACGAGUGCGCGGCCGAGACGCCUCCGUGCGGCGACCAGCAGUACUGCGAGAACGUCAACGGCUCGUUCGUGUGCGAAGAAUGUGAUUCCACCUGUGUGGGCUGCACGGGGAAGGGUCCAGAACAGUGUAAAGAGUGCGUCCCGGGCUACACCAAGGAGAGCGGCCAGUGUGCAGACGUAGACGAGUGCUCGCUGGCGGAAAAAGUGUGCACGAGAGAAAGCGAGAACUGUUACAACACCCCUGGGAGCUACGUGUGCGUGUGCCCCGAGGGCUUCGAGGAGACAGAAACAGCCUGUGUGCGGACGCAGACCGCCGCGGACGAAGUCCCAGAAGACCCAACGCAGCCGCCCGCACGGGAAGAUCUGUGAUGUGGGUCCGGAGCCGGAAGCCGGACCUGCCCUUUAAGUUAUUGAGACUGACGCCCGGGAAAGGCGGCCCCCACACCCGCGCUCCUCCACGGACGGUCCAGGGCGAGCUGCUCCCCCUCAAACACUUGUGCCCAUCUGGCAUCUGGAAAAACCACAGUUCCUGCUUGUUCUUGAGCAGAUUUGUAUAUUUUGCUACCGUUCUUUAUAAUAAAAUUGACCAUUGGAGGUAGUCAGGCACAGAA